AUGCGGGGAUGGAUCAGGACAGGGCCCUCUCCACAAGCCCUUCAUCGUACACCCAUCCGAUUGCUCGAGCGUCUACUGGACUCGCACUCGGCGUGCGCUCUAGCAGCAUCACAGGCGGGGCUUGUGGCGAAGGAAGGAGGCCUGAUCAUCAACGGGUCAGUACUUCCGAUGCAGGGAUCUACCCACACGCCAGACAGGCCCGCACGCGCGGGAAGUCAACGUCGGCACACCACGCCAUCGCUGAGCACGCAGGCUUGGGAGGAAAGCAGAGGUGCUCGGCGGCAACGUGUGGAGGACUCCGACAGCGCAGCAACCCCUGCGUCCAUCGCGGAGGAACACUUCGGGUACUUGGGUUGGAAAUGGAGGGGGAAUCAUUUUGGCUCGAAGCUGCCUCUGUGUCUUUUCCUCACACUGCACGACCGGGGUAACGGACACAAGAUUGGAACCGGAGCCGACGUGCUGCGUUGGGUCCGGGAGUGGCUAGCAACGUCUCGUUACAGAGAUGUUGUGACGUUGGAUAUUACGUCCCAGCAGGUCGCCCAGCAUCUGAAAGCUUUGGCCCAGAAGGAUAAUCUUGCGGAUAUUUUUGGGCUCGACGCCGAUAUCGUCACAGAGAAGGGUAAGGAUGCCUUCUACACCAUCCCCUCAUACCAUUGGGGCUCCUGGACGAAGACGACGAAACCGUGGGGCGCCGACUGGGGUUUUACGGGCAAUGAUGCCGAUGGAUUCACCUUCUUUACUGCCGCGAGGGGUGCACAUGUUGAGGUAUGCCUUGGACCCACGAAGCUGAAAGGGGUUGGACCGAUUACUUCCAUCACGUUCAACGGGCACUGCGUUCGGAACCACGACGCUCUCCGCAGGUUUACGGCAAUCGGCGCGGAAGAUGAUUUGACGGAGCUUCUCAAUGUGGUGUGGCACACGCUUCCUUGCCAAGGCGUCUCUCAGCAGCAUGUCCGGGAGGACGCCAAGAUGCCAGCAGGGGCCGCCGACGUUUUCCCGAGCCUAGUCCGCCAGGCGCAACGGAACCUCGAGAGUAAUCCGACUUUGCCGUUUGGAGAACGGGGGAGAUGGCAGAACGCUUUUGUCGAGGGCCUGUUGUCUGGCCCCUCUGGGGUUUCCGGGGUGUUGGGCACCGUCGGGGGUCACAGUGUCCCGGGUCACGGCGGGGUUGGAGGUCACAAGGUGUUUUGGGCGAAAGGAUGUGUUGGAGUUGCCACUCCAUUCCAAGGCCUAAACUCGGUGCCCCGGUGUCAGGGAUGUAGAGGUUUCGUGAGGGAAGCGUUGCGACCGCGGCUUGAGAAUGCAUCGAAGGCCGAGUCCCUCAAGUCGAGCAAGAACAUCUACAUGACCAGCGCACAAAAGGUGGAUGAGACGAUCGUGUUAGCGCCACAACGGGAUCACAAGCUCUGGUCUACGGCAGCCUCACUGAAUAGAGAGCGAAAUGCCACGGUCCGGCUGCGUGAACGGAUCGUUUCUAUGAGGAAGGAGUGCGUUCGCGUUCCUGUGGAACAAGGGGAAGCGCUUCAUAAGUUCCUUGUCGACGCCGAGACGAAGGAGGUGAUACACUCGAGACUCCCUCAGGGAAGCGACCAGAGGUAUUUCUAUGAGGAUCAGGUGAAGUGGAACACGAGUCACGGCAAGGCCAAGGGGUUUCGAUUCCACCCGGCUACGAUGAGACUUGCCAUCUACAUCCAAGGGAUUGCGGGGACUGCGGCGUACAACAUGCUGAGGAAUGUCCUGCACCUGCCUAGCCCUGAACGCAUCAAGCAGCUGCGACGGAACGCCGCCCCUCCUAGGACGUGUGUGCUGACCGAGAACAUCCUGAAAUACGGAAAGCUCGCGGCCACGCAAGACGCUGACAAAGUCGACCUGAUGGGGGUCUUGACGUGGGACCUCAUGCACCUCAACAAGAACGGUUUUAGUUUCGCACCCAAUGGGGGGGGGUUCACGGGCCUCGUGGACGAGACGGCGUUCUUCAACCCCAUCUACAAGCACGAGGGGGGGGUUGUAAAGGAAGUAGAGCCAACUCUGGAAAAGAUUGUCGCCACGCAAUACGUCGAGAUGUUCUUCGUGAGCAUCGGCAAGCCGGAGUACAAGUUCGUCGUGUGGCGCGAGGCUGUCCGCUCUCUCAGCACGGACUACAUCCAACGCAUGUUGAUCCGGGUCAUGCGUUAUCUUGCGAUGGCCCACCCGGAUAAGGCCUUCGACGUCGUAGCCACCAUAUGCGAUGGUGCACCUGAGCACCGUUCUUUUCAGACACACGCGGCUAUUUUAGGGUUCUGUCACUGGAUCAAGGGGCCGAAGGAGGGCUCGUUCGCUGGCUUCAAGGUCGGGUUCCUGCACCCCGUUCAUCUUCACGAGGUAUUCAACAUGAGCGACCCCAUGCACAUUCUCAAGAAGAUCGUCAACGCCCUUUGGCACAGCGACAUCCCCGCCAAGCAGCGCCAGCUGGGGAUGUGGUGCGUGACCGACCAGGACGAGUUGAAGUUUUCUCAGUUUUCCCUGAAGACCGCGCAACGAGUGUACAACGACGUUGAGUACGACAACGACAGCAUGACUCCCGAGGAACGACCUGCCACCUUGACCAUCUUCCCAGGCAUGCCAGUGGGCGCGUUCAACCGGACUAAUUUCACGUGCAUGAACGUCAAGCUUUCUGCGAAGGUGGUGUCGGGGACCAUCGUCCGAGCUAUCCGCGAAGUUCGGGCCAACCAGGAGACGAGGGGCGAAUCCCCGGACCUUGCACUGGGAUGCUACGAGGGCCUGGCUGUCCACCUCAACGACUUCGUAGAUAUCUUCAACGGUGAGGAAACCACACGCGGUUUGGCACGAAAACGACGGCAUGUGUGCAAUAUUGAGAGUAUGCCAUCCGGUCGUGGGGUCUAGGGUCUGGCCGCAUGGGCGCAGUCGGUAUCACGAUCGACCUCUGUCUCCCCCUGUGUCGGUAUCCACGGACGACGCUAAAAUAGACCGAUAUCUCGUAUCGGGUAGGCUCGUCAGGUGCAGGUUCAAAGUGUUGGACAUCUAUUUACAUGUUCCGU